AAGAAGCGGCUCAGACCCGCAGCUCCUCAUUAACGAGCGGAGGCUCCAGGUGGAGCGACCUCGGGAGGACCUGUAGGAACUAGACCCAGAGACCCAGAAACAUUAAACCCGGAAAUCCACCGAGAAGUAACCGGAUCAGAGACCCAGGAACGGAGACCAACACUCGUGACGUUUGCUUCCUCCUGAUCAGCUGCAGCUCAGACUGGGAUGAGACCGGCUGGACGUCCUGCUCCUCACCAGUGACCACAAAUGACCACGCAGGCGGUGGGAGGAGUCAGGGCCGGAGGGGCGGGGCCUCUCCUGACGCUGACGGUGUUUCUCGUCCAGCUGCUGUGGAUGAAGCCGUCGGACGCCGACUCGAGUCCAGACGCCAGAACCUGGAGCCAAACGGGGCCCCGCCUCCAGCUGUCCCACUCAGAUCUAAGGAACGGUUCUGCCGUGUUCUGGGGGGCCCGGGCCAGCGGGGGCUACCAGGUCCUGCUCCUGGAUGAGGACCAGGGCUGGUUACUGGUCGGGGGCAAAGACCACAUCUACCUCCUGAGACCAGACGCCCCGGAUCAGACGCCCAGGACGAUUUACUGGCCUGCAGAGCGAGAACACGUUGAUCACUGCGUCCUGGCCGGUAAACGUGUGGAGACAGAAUGCGCCAACUUUGUGCGUCUGCUGCAGCCGUUCAACAAAACCCACGUUUACGCCUGUGGAACCGGCGCCUUCCACCCCCAGUGCACCUACCUGCACCUGGGCCACAACACGGAGCAGCCAGUGUUCGUGUUGUCUCCGUCCCUGGAGUCGGGCCGAGGAAAGUGUCCCUUCAGUCCCAGAGAAGCCUUCACUGCCCGACUGACUGACGGGGAGCUGUACGCUGGGACCUCAGUGGAUUUCAUGGGGGCGAACGCCGCCGUCUUCAGGGCGUCGAUCCACGGCGACAGUCAACAUUACAUCCGCACCGAAGCCUACGACCACAACUGGCUCAACGAGCCGGAGUUCGUGGGCUCCUUCUCCAUCCCCGACACUCACAGUCCAGACGACGACAAAGUUUAUUUCUUCUUCAAGGAGCGAGCGGUGGAGGCCAGUCAGUGGGACCGGAGGGUUUACAGCCGAGUGGCUCGAGUCUGCAAGAAUGACGUCGGGGGAAAGCGGAGUCUGAUUAACCGUUGGACCACCUUCCUCAAGGCCCGGCUGGUCUGUUCUGUUCCAGGACCGUCUGGAGUCGACACCCAGUUCGAUGAGCUCGAGGACAUCUUUGUCCUGGAGACCAAGGACCCUCAAAACCCAACUAUCUACGGAGUCUUCAGCACAUCCAGCUCUGUAUUUCGUGGCUCUGCGGUUUGUGUUUACUCCAUGGCCUCCAUCCGAGCUGCUUUCAACGGACCCUUCGCCCAUAAAGAGGGUCCCGACUAUCGCUGGGUGGAGUUUAAAGGACGCAUCCCGUACCCCAGACCUGGAACCGUGAGUCCACACUUCACCCACUCAGACACAUUAAUUACUGCUGUUAUUACCAUUUAGUUCACAUUUCUUAUAUUUAUCAUGUAUCCUACUAUACAUCCUGACUCUUUUAUGGAUAUUUCUGCCUUAUUACCUCCUCCUCACCGGCCACUCAUGCUGCUAAAGGUCUGACAUCGCACACAAUCUGCUGCUUCUGACCACACACCUUUGUUGUGAUUCUGAAUAUAACAUGAUUUGUGAAGUGGAUCCUGGACGGUGAGAGAAUAGUUAUCAUCUCAGCCGGGCAAAUUAAAUGCACACACGCGUUAGAAAUAUUAAAGGAGCUUUUUAUCUUUUAGAUGCAUAUUCACUGCGAUUGUUCAAGAUUUAUUCUGCAGCAACGAUAAGAGA